AUGAGUGAAAGAACAGUCGAAGAACACCGUCUUGAUGACUGCACAACCCGCGGUCCCACGGAUGAAGGCCCGACAGCCAGCGCCUCAGACCGUCAAGCUAUGGAAAUAGACGUGUCUUUACCACCUCGUGAUACAGGCAAGCAGGCAUGGCUAUUUUUAAGUGCCUGCUGGGUCAUCGAGGCUUGUACUUUUGGUUUCGCUUUGUCUUUUGGGGUGUUUCAAGAAUUUUACAGCACUCAUGAGCCUUUUCAGAACUCAGACAAUAUUGCUGUGAUUGGGACCACAACUUCGGCGAUCAUGUACCUAGCAGCACCUUUUGUUGUCACAUUCUGUCGUUUUUACCCACGGUGGACUCGAUAUUUGACAUUCGUGGGUUUGACUGCUGCAUCCCUCUCCAUGGUUCUAAGUUCCUUCUGCACAAGCAUUUCUCAGCUUAUUGGUGCUCAAGGCGUCAUGUUCGGGCUAAGUGGCUGUAUCGCUUACUGCCCAUGCACGCUGUACAUUGACGAAUGGUUCGAUCGUCGUAAGGGUCUUGCCUACGGCAUUGUGUGGAGUGCCGGGGGGGUUGGCGGUGUCAUACUUACCCCCGUCCUUCAGAACCUGCUCAAUCGUCUUGAGUUCCAACUGGCCAUGCGUAUUUGGGCUUGCGUCUUCUUCCUCGUCUCUGCUCCUUUUGCCUUCUUUGUUAAGCCCAGAUUGCCGUUCUCAAGCUCUCACGAGAAAUUGUCCAAAAUGAGAUUUGCUACCUCAAAGCGGUUCCUCCAACACCAGCUAGCCAACACCAUCCAAGCACUAGGCUUUUUCCUUCCGGCUAUUUACCUCCCAACAUAUGCCAGACGGAUAUAUGGAAGCACGGAAUUUCUUGCAGCCUUGACUGUAAUGUUAGUCAACGUUUCAUCAUCAGUCGGCCUCGUCGCCAUGGGCUUUCUGAGUGAUAAACUCAGCGUCACUACUUGUAUGGCUAUAGCAGGCUUAGGCUCAAGUGUUUCUGUUCUUUUUAUCUGGGGGCUUUCGGGGUCCUUGCCUGUUUUAUUUGUAUUCUGUGUAUUCUUUGGCCUAUUUGGCGGUUCCUGGACAUCGACAUGGCCAGGCAUUAUGAGAGAGGUCUCGCAAAGAGACGAGACCGCAGGAUACGGUUCGAGUGAUCCCAUUAUGGUGCAUGGACAUCUCUGUAUCGGAAGGGGUAUCGGAAACAUAAUUUCCGGGUUCCUAAGUGAUGCUUUGACUAAGGGCUUACCAGGAAGCGGCAAAUAUUUUGGAGGCUAUGGGAGUGGUUAUGGCUUUUUAAUCUUGUUUACUGGUCUGACAGGCCUUUUUUGUGGUGCGAACUUCGUUUGGGAAAGCCUCGUGAAACGCGUACGUCAGCUGUGUAUAGUAGCUAGUAGAUAUCUAAAGGCCUAA